AUGCAAGCAGCGGCCAUCGCCUUCUCCCCCGAUUCCAGGCUCCUCGCCUCAGCUUCAAACGAUCGCACCGUCAAGGUGUGGGAUGCCAACAGCGGCCAGGUCCUCCAGGCCCUCGAGGGCCAUAGCGAUGGGGUCCUCUCAGUGGCUUUCUCCCCCGAUUCUAAGCUCCUCGCCUCAGCUUCAGACGAUCGCACCGUCAAGGUAUGGUAUACCAGCAGCGGCCAGUGCCUCCAGACCCUCGAGGGCCACAGCGACAGGGUCAACUCAGUAGUCUUCUCCCCCGAUUCAAAGCUCCUCGCCUCAGCUUCAUACGAUCGCACCGUCAGGGUAAGGGAUGCCAGCAGCGGCGAGUGCCUCCAGAUCCUCAAGGGCCAUAGCGACAUGGUCCUCUCGGUCGCCUUCUCCCCUAAUUCCAAGCUCAUCGCCUCAGCUUCAUACGAUCGCACCAUCAAGGUGUGGGAUACCAGCAUUGGCCAAUGCCUCCAGACCCUUAAGGGCCAUAGAGAAGGGGUCAACUCAGUGGUCUUCUCCCCCGAUUCCAAGCUCCUCUCCUCGGCUUCAUACGAUCGCACCGUCAAGGUAUGGGAUGCCAACAGCGGCCAUGUCCUCCAGACCCUCGAGCGCCAUAGCGAUGGGGUCCACUCAGUGGCCUUCUCCCCCGAUUCUAAGCUCCUCGCCUCGGCUUCAUACGAUCGCACCAUCAAGGUAAGGGAUGCCAGCGGCGGCGAGUGCCUCCAGACCCUCGAGGACCAUAGCGAAAUGGUCCUCUCAGUCGUCUUCUCCCCCGAUUCCAACCUCCUCGCCUCAGCUUCAUACGAUCACACCGUCAAGAUGUGGGAUGCCAACAGCGGCCAGGUCCUCCAGACCCUCGAGGGCCAUAGCGAUGGGGUCCUCUCAGUGGCCUUCUCCGGCGAUUCUAAGCUCCUCGCCUCAGCUUCAGACGAUCGCACCGUCAAGGUAUGGUAUACCAGCAGCGGCCAGUGCCUCCAGACCCUCGAGAGCCAUAGCGAAAGGGUCAACUCGGUGGUCUUCUCCCCCAAUUCAAAGCUCCUCGCCUCAUCUUCAUACGAUCGCACCGUCAAGGUAUGGGAUGCCAGCAGCGGCCAGUGCCUCCAGACCCUCGAGGGCCAUAGCGAAACGGUCUACUCGGUGGUCAUCUCCCCCGAUUCCAAGCUCCUCGCCUCAGCUUCAUACGAUCGCACCGUCAAGGUGUGGGGUGCCAACAGCGGCCAAUGCCUCCAAACACUCGAGGGCCAUAGCGAUGGGGUCCCCUCGGUGACCUUCUCCCCCGAUUCCAAGCUCCUCGCCUCGGCUUCAUACGAUCGUACCGUCAAGGUGUGGGAUGCCAACAGCGGCCAGUGCCUCCAGACCGUUAAUGUUGGAAGAGCCACCUUGGUGAAAUCAUUCGACAUUAGCAACUCAUAUCUUGACACUAGCAUCGGUACCCUUUGUUUAUCUAGUGUUACAGAUAUGGGACUAACCAAUAGCAUCGACCCCGAACCGCCGCGAUUUCAAGGAUAUGGUAUAAAUUCCGAGGGUACAUGCAUCACUUGGAACUCGGAGACUUUGCUGUGGUUACCACCGGAGUACCGGCCACUCACUUCCGCCUUGUCGACAUCGACAAUAUGUCUUGGUUGCGCUUCGGGGCGGGUGCUAUUUAUCACCUUUGAUUCCCAGAAAUUACCAAAUUUUCUUGUCAAGCGCUGA